AUGAUUCAUACAAAGGAAAAACCUUUUCAAAGUACAGAGUGUGAGAAAAGCUUUAGAUGGAAGUCUCCUCUACUAGAACACCACAAAAUUCACACAGGUGAGAAACCACACACAUGUACUGAGUGCGGCAAAUGUUUUACACAAAUGGAUAAUCUGAAAACUCAUAAAAAGAUUCACACAGGAGAAAAUCCUUUUACAUGUACAGAGUGUAGAAAAAGUUUUACACAAAAGAGUGAUUUGAAAAAGCAUGAAAGGAUUCACACAGGAGAGAAGCCUUUCAAAUUUAAAGAGUGUGGAAAAAGUUUUAUACAAAAGAGUCAUCUGAAAGAGCAUGAAAGGAUUCACACAGGAGAAAAGCCUUUCACAUGUAAAGAGUGUGGAAAAAGUUUUACACAAAAGAGUAAUCUGAAAAAGCAUGAAAGGAUUCACACAGGAGAAAAGCCUUUCACAUGUACAGAGUGUAAAAAAAGUUUUACACAAAAGAGUAAUCUGAAAAAGCAUGAAAUGAUUCACACAGGAGAAAAGCUUUUUACAUGUACAGUGUGUGGAAAAAGUUUUAUAGAAAAGAGUCAUCUGAAAACUCAUGAAAGUAUUCACACAAAACUUGGAAAGAUAGAUAGAGAUAGGCUGAAUCUUCCGAUUUCGGAGGAGGAAGUAAGGCAGACGAUAAACCAGUUAAAAAGUAAUAAGGCACCGGGCCCUGAUAUGUUACCAGCCGAAUUCUAUAAAAUGUUAUCCGCUGAGAUUACGCCCACCCUCACCAACCUUUUUAACAGCUACUUUUUAAAAGGGGAAAUGCAUUCUAAAUAUUUUGCGGCAUCCUCUAUCACAUUAAUUCUGAAAAAAGGUCGAGAUCCGGAAAACCCUGGAUCUUAUAGACCGAUAUCACUGUUAAACAGUGACUAUAAGAUUCUAACCACUAUAGCAGCUAACACACUUAAAAAAAUUCUACAUAAAAUUAUCCAUAUUGACCAAGUAGGUUUCAUGACUGGACGUAACCCAGCUAGAAAUAUCCGAAAAGUACUUAUCACCCUAGAUCAAUGCUUUCAAGAGGCUAAACAAAACCUAAGUAAAGAUAUGCCAGACCAAGCUGUAUUGGCGAUAGAUGCUGAAAAAGCCUUCGAUGCCAUAACCUGGGAUCACCUAUUCACAGCACUAGAGAAGUUCGGAGUGCAAGGAAAUAUUGAAUCUUUUAUAAAACUCAUAUAUAGGAAUCCGACAUCCAAUCUAAUUAUUAAUAAUGAAACUACACCAGAUAUUACGCUUAAAAAAGGCACAAGACAAGGGUGCCCAUUAUCACCCUUGCUUUUUAAUCUGUCAAUAGAACCAUUAGCCAUCAGGUUAAGGAAAGAAUUAGAAGGUAUCAAAACUUUCCAACAGAAGAUAGUACUAUCGCUAUUUGCAGAUGACCUUUUACUAUUUAUCUCAGAUACCUCAAAGAGUAUUAAGCAACUCUUAAAGAUUAUAAGGCACUUUAGUUCAUUUUCAGGGUAUAAAGUGAAUGUAGACAAAUCAGAAAUUAUGUGGCUUCGAGGCGUAAACCAGAACCACAAAGGAUGUCCCUUUAGAGAAGUAGAUCAGAUCAAGUAUCUAGGUCUAAUCAUUACUAAAAACCCGAAACAUUGGUAUGAUAAGAAUAUUACCCCAUGCCUGGAUAAAUGUAAUGCAGACUGUAAAAGAUGGAGAGAGCUGCCUAUUAAUAUUACAGCUAGAGUGACGCUAAUUAAAACAAUAAUCUUCCCUCGUAUAUUAUAUCUCAUGCAGAAUAUCCCCAUUAUAGUUAAACAGAAAGAUCGUGUUAGAUUCAAUAAGAUGUGCAGUAAUUUUAUAUGGGCAGGAGGUAAAAUAAGAUGCUCAGCAGAAAUAUUAGCUCUCCCAUUCAAAGCUGGGGGAUUAGCGUUACCUAACCUUCAACUAUAUAAUUUAGCUGCUGUAGUGAAAUAUGCCAUGGAUUGGAUUAUUGAGGGGGACUUUGUGACAUGUGGAGCUUUAGAGGCAGAUAUAUGUGCCCCAUAUGUGCACAAAGCACUCCUACAUUGUGAGAUAAAAAAUCUCCCAAAAGGAAUCUUGCAGAGGUUAACGUUUAAUAAUGUAAUAGUGGCCUGGCAUAAACUAGGUAAAUUAAUAGGAGUUAAUAUGUGCAUAUCCAGAUAUCUGCCGAUCUUAGGGAAUCCGAAAUUCAAUUUAGGAUGUAGUGGAUAUGGAGUCUUUCAUAGAUGGCGCAGGAAGGGCAUCAUCAAUCUGGUACAGCUUGAGGAUAAUGCAAUACAUAUAAUCAAAUCUUUUGAAGAAUUAAGUAGGGAAUAUCAGCUGCCCAAGACAGACUUUUUUGCCUAUCUACAAAUCAGGCAUUUCUACAAUGAACAACAAGCCAGGCAUGGGAAAGAUUGGUCCCUAGGAGGGCUAGAUAAAGUGAUUAGAAUUUUUGCACAGAAGAAAUAUGCAAUUAGGCUGAUUUAUAAUUUCCAAAUGGAGCAUAAAAUAGAAACACAAUUACAGAUACUGGAAAGCAAAUGGAGGAGACUAUAUCCUCUACAAACAAGGGCAGAACUAUCAGAUAGUCUUAGGAUAGUAGUAAAGACAACUAAGCCCGACGCAAUGACAUCCAGAAGACUAAAACAAGAUAAGCUCCUCAAACCAUCCUCAGGGAAAACGGCUAAUAUAUCCUCUUAUAUGCAACCACCUGACCCACCUGAAAUGAGAAAUAAACAGCUUUCUAUGGAGCUCCAGACCACUAAUAUAUCUAAUUCACAAUAUGAAGACACAAACCUUACUACAACUAUCCUUCAUGAUUUGCCAUCUAAACAGGACAUUGCUGAUAUUGUUUGUACCUGCAUAAGAGAGGAACUUGCGGGUAUGAAACAAGAUAUUCAUAUGCUAGGGUUCCAAGUGGAAUCUUUAGAAACUAACCAAGAUGAGAUAAAAGAAGAUGUGCAAACUCUAACGGAUCAAAAAAGUCUACAGUCUAGCAAAAUGAUUCAUACAAAGGAGAAACCUUUUCAAUGUACAGAGUGUGAGAAAAGCUUUAGAUGGAAGUCUCCUCUACUAGAACACCACAAAAUUCACACAGGUGAGAAACCACACACAUGUACUGAGUGCGGCAAAUGUUUUACACAAAUUAAUCAGCUGAAAACUCAUGAAAGGGGCCACACAGGAGAAAAGCCUUUCACAUGUACAGAGUGCGGCAAAUGUUUUACACUAAUGAAUUAUCUGAAAACUCAUAAAAAGAUUCACACAGGAGAAAAGCCUUUCACAUGUACUGAGUGUGGAAAAAGUUUUACACAAAAGAGUGAUCUGAAAAAGCAUGAACGGAUUCACACAGGAGAAAAGCCUUUCACAUGUACAGAGUGUGGGAAAAGUUUUACACAAAAGAGUAAUCUGAAAAAGCAUGAAAUGAUUCACACAGGAGAAAAGCCUUUUACAUGUACAGAAUGUGGAAAUAGUUUUACACAAAUGAGUAGUCUGAAAUAUCAUAAAAUGAUUCACACAGGAGAAAAGCCUUUCACAUGUACAGAGUGUGGAAAAAGUUUUCCAGAAAAAGGUCAUCUGAAAACUCAUGAAAGGAGUCACACAGGAGAAAAGCCUUUCACGUGUACAGAGUGUGGAAAAAAUUUUAUGCACAUGAGUCAUCUGAAGUAUCAUGAAAUGAUUCACACAGGAGAAAAGCCUUUCACAUGUAUAGAGUGUGGAAAAUGUUUUACACAAAAGAGGGAUCUUAAAAAGCAUGAAAAGAUUCACACAGGAGAAAAGCCUUUCACAUGUACAGAGUGUGGAAAAAGUUUUACAGAAAAAAGUCAUCUGAAAACUCAUGAAAGGAUUCACACAGGAGAAAAGCCUUUCAUGUGUACAGAGUGUGGGAAAAGUUUUACACGAAUGGGUAAUCUGAAAACUCAUGAAAGUAUUCACACAGGAGAAAAGCCGUUCACAUGUAAAGAGUGUGGAAAAAGUUUUACAGAAAAGAGUCAUCUGAAAACUCAUGAAAGGAGUUACACAGGAGAAAAGCCGUUCACAUGUACAGAGUGUGGAAAAAGUUUUCCAGAAAAGAGUCAUCUGAAAACUCAUGAAAGAAUUCACACAGGUGAGAAACCACACACAUGUACUGAGUGCGGCAAAUGUUUUACACAAAUUAAUCAGCUGAAAACUCAUGAAAGGGGCCACACAGGAGAAAAGCCUUUCACAUGUACAGAGUGCGGCAAAUGUUUUACACUAAUGAAUUAUCUGAAAACUCAUAAAAAGAUUCACACAGGAGAAAAGCCUUUCACAUGUACUGAGUGUGGAAAAAGUUUUACACAAAAGAGUGAUCUGAAAAAGCAUGAACGGAUUCACACAGGAGAAAAGCCUUUCACAUGUACAGAGUGUGGAAAAAGUUUUACACAAAAGAGUGAUCUGAAAAAGCAUGAAAGGAUUCAUACAGAGGAAAAGCCUUUCACAUGUACAGAGUGUGGGAAAAGUUUUACACAAAAGAGUAAUCUGAAAAAGCAUGAAAUGAUUCACACAGGAGAAAAGCCUUUUACAUGUACAGAAUGUGGAAAUAGUUUUACACAAAUGAGUAGUCUGAAAUAUCAUAAAAUGAUUCACACAGGAGAAAAGCCUUUCACAUGUACAGAGUGUGGAAAAAGUUUUGCAGAAAAAGGUCAUCUGAAAACUCAUGAAAGGAGUCACACAGGAGAAAAGCCUUUCACGUGUACAGAGUGUGGAAAAAUUUUUAUGCACAUGAGUCAUCUGAAGUAUCAUGAAAUGAUUCACACAGGAGAAAAGCCUUUCACAUGUAUAGAGUGUGGAAAAUGUUUUACACAAAAGAGGGAUCUUAAAAAGCAUGAAAAGAUUCACACAGGAGAAAAGCCUUUCACAUGUACAGAGUGUGGAAAAAGUUUUACAGAAAAAAGUCAUCUGAAAACUCAUGAAAGGAUUCACACAGGAGAAAAGCCUUUCAUGUGUACAGAGUGUGGGAAAAGUUUUACACGAAUGGGUAAUCUGAAAACUCAUGAAAGUAUUCACACAGGAGAAAAGCCGUUCACAUGUAAAGAGUGUGGAAAAAGUUUUACAGAAAAGAGUCAUCUGAAAACUCAUGAAAGGAGUUACACAGGAGAAAAGCCGUUCACAUGUACAGAGUGUGGAAAAAGUUUUCCAGAAAAGAGUCAUCUGAAAACUCAUGAAAUAAUUUAAACAGGAGAAAACCUUUUCACAUGUACAGAGUGUGGAAAAAGUUUUAUACACAUGAGUCAUCUGAAAUAUCAUGACAGGAUUCACACUGGAUAA